CCCCAAACUUUACUGAAGGAUUCAUGUACAUACAUAGCAUUUAAUUUUCAACAAAGUAGUAAAUAAAUUUGCUCUCAACAUAAGUUCAUAAGUAUAAAAUUGAAAGUAAAUGCCCUUUAAAAAUGAUCUCUAACCCAAGCCAAAUGGAUGUGAAAAUCCAUGCAACGUUGAGAGUCACGUUCAUGGAAAUGUCUUCGUCCAAGCCCAAGUCUCUCCGCCACCUGCAAACACCCAAAACAAUGGAAUCAUGGUUUAGCCACAAAGAUGCAAACCAGCAACAAUUUUAAACAUAAGACAUUAAUCAAUGGUGGAUUGUACCCGGAGAACUCCCUGAGCGUCUUCUUUGCACCAUGUUGAAGUCCAACCUAGCCAAAUCAUGAUGCACUUGCAAUCUGAAGUCCGUUCUCUCGAAUUUUUCAAUAUUAUCAUCAAACUUCACCCUACCAAACCUUCUCUGAAAUGAAAUGAAAUCUGCCGCCGUAACUGUUCCAUUCUGGCAGAUUUCAUUUCAGUACCAUCAAUACGUUUGCAAUUUCACGAAGCCUGCCGUACUGAAAAAUCUCAAAAGCAAUCUCAAAAGGAGAUCGGCGUACCGUUUUUUCGUAGAGGUAUUUGCAGGGUCGUCUCCUUUUCCCGCCGGCCGUCCUUCUGUAGAGCUCUCAACUCUCAGUCUAAGUUAAUAGGUUCAAUUACUUAAAGUUAUAGUAUUACGUAACAUAACAUUCUUCCUUUUUACAUAAAUAGAAUGUCUUUAACUUAAGAAUUUAUGAUACUUGUUCGCCACUCAAAAACUGUUCUUUUAGAACACCAUUUUACCUACACCAUUUUACGUUAGCGAGAAUGACAAUUGCCACAUUUUAACCCCUGUUGAUAGACGAAUAUGAAGAAGGAGCAAGCGCCGCUUAGCUCGGCGUAAGCUAUGACUUCUAACAAGAUCAAUAAAUUCGGUUUCAGCUUCUUCAGCUCACUAACCAGCUUCCAGCAACACUACCGCAAGGUCUCCUCCAACAAGAACAGGGCAGUCACCAGAAUAUGAAAAGAUUAAGCAUAAAAAUUUCUUAGGUGGAGAAGCAUCACUAGAACAUAUGUAAAACCGCAUCAGUAAAAAGUGAAUGGGGUGAGGCAAGCGCCGUUAAACGCCGGUGUAAGGGCGCUGCCAAGGCAGCUCCUGCUCCUCGCUCCUCCUCUGCAACAGCUAGCAGCGGGCAGGCAUGCUGCCAAGGCAGCUCCUGCUCCUCGCUCCUCCUCUGCAACAGCUAGCAGCCGACAGAAAAUGCCUCUGCAUGACAACAAGAACUCAAACCAAGAAUAAUAUCAGCAAAUCAAAGGAAAAGUGGCUGAAAUCGUACCGGAUGUUCAGGUGAUAGUGUGACAAAAUGGCGCGCAAGCAAGGAUCCCCCUUGCAAGUCUGGUUCCAGCAACGGUCAGGAUAGCGCUCCACUCGCGGAUUUUUAGAAAAUCACAGAGCCUUCCAAAAUUCCUCAAAUUUGGUCAGGAGGUAGCUGUCACCCUUGGGAGUGGAUGCCCAAAGUCCCAGCUCCAGGAUAACUCCACACGAAAAUAGCGUGAAGACUCCAACUCCAGCUGCGUCCCAGCACAGCAACACUCACUUUCUCUAUCAGCCGCUCCAGGGACCUUUGCUCAUUCAAAAUCGAUAACUUCUUGUAGAUUGGUUCAAAAUUCAUGAAACUUUGACCAAAAAAUAGAAGACAUCUGUAGGAAUCCAACGCCUCCAAGCUUGUUGUCACGGUCAUUCCCAAUCAAAAACUCGUUAAGCCCAGAGUGACACCUUCUCUGUUCAACCGCAGCUUGUACUCAGUUCCAGGAAUCAGCUCAGAGUAGUCGGCACUCAAAAAUUCUCUGCGCCCUGCUGUCUGCACCAAAAAUUCUGAAAUUUGGUGGGCAGAAAGGCAAGAGGAAGACGAUUUCAACGGAUAUCUUCUCGACCCAAAUGGCUGCCUGAGAAAGCAGCGCCGGUGCUUCAAAGUUGAUGAAGUUUCUGGUUUUUCUGCCGACUGAGAAAGGAAGAACAGUGAAGAAUCAGGUGGUCUCCCGACCGGACACCUGCUGUAAAUACAGGGACACGACGACACGUUGUCGCACCCAUUGUAAAUAACCCGACGCGUGUGAAGCGGGACUCGUCGAUAUUGACGACGCGUGUGGAGCGAGAGUCUUGGCGGGAUUCGACGAGCAUCGAGAACGCGGUGGCACGCGACUCCAUGGGACGCGCGAAUCUCGGCGACCUGAGGCUAUUUCGGACACGUUGCACAGGAUUCUGCUGGAGACCGAAGAACAUGGCGCCGGUUUCUUCGAAUGUCGCCGAAGUUCUUCUUCGACGCCGGAAAAACGCCCCAGUGAACUUCAAAAUUCGAUUAUGAUCUCGUUUGUUGGCCAAAUCAGGCAUUCGUGGGCCCGAUUUCCUCGGGAAUUCGUCAGGAAUCUUCUGGUUUGAUCAUCAACACGUUUUGGAUUAAUGAUUUGACGGAUUCGAUGCCGAAAUGAUCAAUGGUCGCAGGAAAAUGGGAAAGAACAGCGUCUGUUAAACCGCAUCUCUUCAAAAAUCGAUUCCUCGCAAACCACAGCCUGAAAAAUUCUGAAAAUUUUUUGGAAGGUGCUUGAGACGUACUUGAAUCCAAUGAUCUACUGCUCGACCGGUGAAACCUUCCAGAAAAUCAGCGCCGAUAACUUGGAGAAGCCAAUGUAUGUCGUCUCCAACUUCGAUUCGCCGCCAUGAGCAUCCGCUCUGAUACCAACUGAAGGAACCCCACCUCCGAGUGCUGCCGAAGGCGGCCGAGGUGCGGUCACUAACCCAAGAUCACGCUCAUCAAUGGGGCGUAAUGGAUUGAAGGGAGCUGGUUAUGUGGAAGAGGCUCGUUGAAGGAGUAGAAUCGCAGGCUUCUCUCGUUUCUCCAUUGUGAACAAAGGGCAACUUCGCAGAUCUCCAGAAUCACGCUCGCAACUCCGUUCAUGCGAUCUAUAGCUCGUUGGAACCGCGUGUAAGUUAGGAAUCCAAUGAGCCCUUUCUCACCUCUAUCCAACACAGGAGGCCGAAGUUAUGCUCUGCUGAUCAGACAGAUGUCCUCUGGUGUAGCAGUGGCAAUGUCGCAGAAAAGGGGCAACGUGGAUCAUCUACAGCACUGCUCGGAUCCACUCGCCCUGGGGUUCGUUGGAACCGUAGAUGAGUCAGGAAGACGAUGGGCUAAUCUGUGCAGCGAUCCGACACCGGAAUAGGUAUCUAUAGCUCUGAGAGCAGAGUUUUGUCCGGUGGUGAUAGAGAACGCAGUUCCCUAUUGCGGAUGAACUGUGAUCGACGAACCAAGAGGGUAAAAUGGAUGGGAUUUGGAGAUAGAGCACUGGGGAAUGAUGGCGACUGCAGUGGAAUAGAUCGUCGCCGAAAUACGCUGGAGGUGUAGGCGGAAGGCAAUGGAACAGUGAAUGGAAGGGCUGGCCUACGUUCUGCGGAAGAAGAGGGACAGGCAAUCAAAUUAGGUCCAGCCGGGGGUAUCUCCUCCGGCAAACUCCCCGGUAAGAGUUCACCCAAAGGGUAGGGUCAUGAAGUGUUCUAAGGACAGAGAUCACCGGAAACGCACCACGUUGCUGGAGAACAAAGCCCUAUCUGCCGAUGAAGAAAACAGCCAUCGCACCCACGUGGCUGCUCCAAUCAUCGGAUUUGCAAAGUUUUCUUCUAAGAAAAAGAUGGAAUACCAUGGUGGCCAUUUGAUCAAACUCGCCAGGCAAUUUGGGUGCCGGAAACCCUUCUGGAAAUUGCGUCAGAACAUGAAGAAGGAGAAGAAGAGAGACUCGGUUUGAUAUGCUUAUAGAAUCGGGUCGGUGCCCAAAAACCCGCUCGAAUCCAUUAAGAAACUCGGUUCAGCGGUAGACUCAGCAAAAGUGGAUCUGGGUCCCUCCAAGCCCCACAAAACGAUCCACAGUCCCAAUCAGAAUUCUUUUACCGCUUGGUCGGGGUUAUAGACUCGCGGAUCCAACCCUCUGGUACAAUCCGAACCCGUAUCCGGUACCCAACACCCGCCGUGUCCCGCUGGAGCUCUCUCGGCGUGUCUCGCUUUACCGAGGCGCGUGUCUCACCUCGGCUCUCCAUUGCGUCCCGUGCGUGUCUCUAAUCUCGCGUCCCUUCCUGAUCGGCGUAUCCCUCCAUACAUCCUUAUGUGUCCCGUUUCUGAUCUCGCCAGAAGUGUCCGGGUUGUAUCCCACUCAAAUGUCCUCAGUAUCUUGGCGUGUUCCACAUCACCUGAUGUCGGGUCCCGUCCUGCCUGGUGGUGUCGAGACACGCUCCAAAGCCUACCGGUUCCUCUUGUGGUCGCGUGCAACCUCAGCGUCUUCGGUUGGGAUGGAGUUACCCUCCCUAUGCCAAACAGGGCACCCUUCAGCAGAUGCCCCGACCGUGGUGUCUCCUUACAGCUUCUCCAAAACCCUCUCGAGUAACCUCCCUUACAGGCGGGUGGUCUUCCAGAAAUAAUAGAAUGGCAUCCUCUACCUCGGCUUAGUGCUAGAUAACCUCCCUUAAUCGAGUCGAAGCUAAUUUCGCCUAUGGCCUGCCUUGCCAUCGAGAUGCCCUGGUUGUGCUUACCCACCCUAAUUGUUUCUAUUGUCACAAAAGACAUGUACGGGUAUAAUACGGCAAGAAAAAAAAACAAGUAUAAUACAGCGAAGAAAAAAAUCUUGAAAAUAAAAUAGGAAAAAGACCGCGAAUCACGUAUCAUGGCAAAAUGUAUAUAUUACAUUUUGUUUGAAACAUUUUUUAACAUGAACUUAACAUGACUUACAAAUAUACACAAUUUUCUUGAAAUGUGAGGAUAAGAAAAUUCAAAUGCCUAUUUAUCAGGCCAUUACUUAUGCGAUGCUUUCAGAAAAACAAACUGCCACAAUACUAAAAAAUUGUUUUUCCUGAUUGACAAAACACAAAUAAGGUCAUCCAGCAGGGAAUGCAAAUUUAAAAGCGCUAACAUAGAAAGUACCAACAAGAUAAAAUACACAAGUAAAAAGACUAACCAAUUGAAAAUACAAAGCCACAAUGAUGAAGGGCCAAAACAAUUUCUGCAAUAGCCAACGUAGCAUCAUGCCGCAAACACAGAUCGAUUCGCCGCCAUGAGCAUCCGCUCUGAUACCAACUGAAGGAACCCCACCUCCGAGUGCUGCCGAAGGCGGCCGAGGUGCGGUCACUAACCCAAGAUCACGCUCAUCAAUGGGGCGUAAUGGAUUGAAGGGAGCUGGUUAUGUGGAAGAGGCUCGUUGAAGGAGUAGAAUCGCAGGCUUCUCUUGUUUCUCCACUGUGAACGAAGGGCGACUUUGCAGAUCUCCAAAAUCACGCUCGCAACUCCGUUUGAUGCGAUCUAUAGCUCGUUGGAACCGUGUGUAAGUGAGGAAUCCAAUAAGCCCUUUCUCACCUCUAUCCAACACCAGGGGCCGAAGUUAUGCUCUGCUGAUCAGACAGAUGUCCUCUGGUGUAGCAGUGGCAGUGUCGCGGAAAAGGGGCAACGUGGAUCAUCUACAGAUUUCGCGUCGCUGCUCGGAUCCACUGGCCUUAGGGUUCGUUGGAACCGUAGAUGAGUCAGGAAGACGAUGGGCAAUCCGUGCAGCGAUCCGACACCGGAAUAGGGAGCUAUGGCUCUGAGAGCAGAGUUCUGUCCGGUGGUGAUAGAGAACGCAGUUCCCUAUUGCAUAUGAACUGUGAUCGACGAACCAAGGGGCUAAAAUGGAUGGGAUUUGAAGAUAGAGCACUAGGGAAUGAUGGCGACUGCAGUGGAAUAGAUCGUCGCACGCUGGAGGUGUAGGCGGAAGGCAAUGGAACAGUGAAUGGAAAGGGGUUGGCCUGCGUUCUUUGGAAGAAGAGGGAUAGGCAAUGAAAUUAAGUCCAGGAGGGGGUAUCUCUGCCGGCAAACUCCCCGGUAAGAGUUUACCCAAAGGGUAGGGUCGUGAAGUGUUCUGAGGACAGAGAUCUCUGGAAACCCACCACGUUGCCGGAGAACAAAGCCCCAUCUGCCAAUGAAGAAAACAGCCAUCGCACCCAUGCGGCUGCUCCAAUCGUCGGAUUUGCAUAGUUUUGUCGGAUUUGCAUAGUUUUCUUCUAAGAAAAAGAUGGAAUACCAUGGUGGCCAUUUGAUCAAACUCGCCGGCAACUUGGGUGCUGGAAACCUUUCUGGAAAUUGUUUCAGAACAUGAAGAAGGAGAAGAAGAGAGACUCGGUUUGAUACGCUUAUAGAAUCGGGUCGGUGCCCAAAAACCCGCCCGAGUCCAUGAAGAAACUCGGUUCAGCGGUAGACUCAGCAAAAGUGGAUCUGGGUCCCUCCAAGCCCCACAAAACGAUCUACAGUCCUAAUCGGAAUUCUUUUACCGCUUGGUCGGGGUUACAAACUCGCGGAUCCAACCCUCUGGUACAAUCCAGACCCGUAUCCGAUACCCAACACCCUCCGCAUCCCGCUAGAGUGUCGCUAGUCUCUCGGCGUGUCUCGCUUUACCGAGGCACGUGUCUCGCCUCGGCUCUCCAUUGUGUCCUGUGCGUGUCUCUAAUCUCGCGUCCCUUCCUGAUCGGCGUAUCCCUCCAUACAUCCUUACGUGUCCCGUUUCUGAUCUCGCCAGAAGUGUCCUGGCUGUGUCCCACUCAAGUGUCCUCAGUAUCUUGGUGUGUUCCGCAUCACCUGAUGCCGGGUCCCGACCUGCCUGGUGGUGUCGCGACACGCUCCAAAUCCUACCGGUUCCUCCUGUGGUCGCGUGCAACCUCAGCGUCUUCGGCUGGGAUGGAGUUACCCUCCCUAUGCCAAACAUGGCACCCUUCAGCAGAUGCCCCGACUGUGGUGUCUCCUUACAGCUUCUCCAAAACCCUCUCGAGUAACCUCCCUUACAGGUGGGUGGUCUUCUAGAAAUAAUGGAAUGGCAUCCUCUACUCGGCUUAGUGCUAGAUAACCUCUCUUAAUCGAGUCGAGGCUAAUUUCGCCUAUGGCCUGCCUUGCCAUCGAGAUGCCCUGGUUGUGCUUACCCACCCUAGUUGUUUUUAUUGUCACAAAAGACAUGUACGGGUAUAAUACGGCGAGAAAAAAAAUAGGUAUAAUACGACGAAGAAAACAAUCUUGGAAAUAAAAUGGGAAAAAGACCGCAAAUUUUUAAAAAAUAAAUAAAUAAAUCCUAACAAUUAUAUAAAAAUAAAAUAAAUGAGAAAUUAAAAAAACAUUGGAAAAUGGCUAAAUAGGCAACAAAUUUUAGGUACACCUCUAAAACAAUUUGCCAACUUAAAAAUUCAGAGAAAUAAAGUUAAUAAACUCUUCCCCUCGCAACGUGAACUCCAGCAAGAGGCAGGAAUAAACUAUAAACAGAGAGAUUUUCCCGCUGGCAUUUCGGGAGACCAAGGAGAGGAUGGCGGGAAGUUAACCCCAAUUUUCUUUUAAAAAGACGUUUUUGCCAUUAAAAUGAGCGUCCAAGUUUAAAAAAACCAAUUCUUUUACAAAUAUUACACGCAUGCCAUUUUAAAAAAAACUCACUGUGUGCCUUUAAAAAAACAUGGAAGACGCGUAUAAUACACAUUUUAUACGCAUCUUUUAUUUUUUACCAUUUUUUUUAAAACGCGUUAUAUUCCCGUUUUAUAUGGAAAUGUCGUUUUUAACGUAUAAUAGGCGUUUUUUUUUAAAUAACGCCGCCUGUAAUGGGAAGUGGAACUUGCAAUCAGAGUCGCGGUAAUAUAGGGUUAGGCAACGCUCAUAUCUACAAAUCAACUAAAAAUGAAUAUACAGUCAUAGAAAAGGAAGUGCCCAUGAUCUUAUUUACUACCAAAUCCCUAGCUGCUUUUUGAAAUGGAGGACUUUGGAAAACUAUUACUGAUCGCAUUAUUAAUAACAUUCAGUUUUUUUCUUUUUUCCCGAAAGUAAAGAAUAUCAAGCCAAGCAUGUACCAAAUGCGGAGCUUCUUAAGUUAUCAGCAAGACAUUGGUCGUUACAUUUAUGCCUCCACAAUUUUGGCGACUAAUUAUCUUUUUAGGUUUUCUUGCUAACUCUAAUCAUACGUGGACUUGGAAGGUCUAGAAGGAAAAAAAAGACCCACAGAAGUGCUGUCUGUGGGUGAUCGAUCAACGAUCAGUUAUCCGUUUCUUCAUUGAUUGGAUUGAAUUGUCUAAGAUUUUAAAUUUUAUAUUUGAAUAAGCAAACGGUUCCUGUUUUGACCGUGGACCGUUGUUACAUAUAUUGGUUUUAAAAAAAGGUGUUUAAUUAAGAAAACUAGUUUUGUGAUCUAAACUAAGGGCGUGUUUGGCUGAUACAUGGGACACAGAGGCUUUUGUACAUAACCCGUAAGGGGGAGAAGUUAUUUGAUCUCUUUCCAAAAAGAGGAUUUGUCAAAGUUAAGUUUUUCGGAACCAAUUUUCAUGUCACCCAAACACUUCAAAAAAAAAAAAAAGUAAAGCUACUUUUAGGACAUGGAUGGUUAUAUGGUACACCAUUCAACUUGAGUGCCAUGAAAAUCACUUUUUUUAGUAUAGAGGAGUCACAUUCAUGUGAAUCAAACUGAGGAUGCAUCAGCUCCGCGUCCCUCAAGAUGACUAGUUAUGCUAUGUCCCUCGUAUCACAACGUGUAAAAGAGUAUAUCAUGUAAUAUGAAAUCUGAACAUGGUAUAAAACUACUAAAUUUUUUGGUAUUUCGUAGAACAUUUAUAUAUAAAUUCACAGUGUGUACUAAUGCUAUAACAAUGCAUACAUACUACGCCUAUGACAAUGCCAACUCAGUAUACCGCAUUUAUCCAUAAAUCUGUAACGUCGUGUACACUAUUGUAACUUAAAAUAUAGAAGAGCUAUAAGAAUAUGUCCUUCACAUUAGACACACAUCGUCCCACGCCAUUGUACUAAACUUUUUAAUUCAAUAAUUCAUGUCUACAGUGCUAUAAUUUUCAAUAUUUCAUAACUUUUUAACACUUAAGAGCUGUUUUACUUCUAACCUACGUAGAGCAAACGAACACUUGAUUUCACCGGUGUAUAAAAAUGACAAUUUGAAAUUGUCCAUACGUAAAGCAGGGUGUUCACGAGCCAAGCUGGGCCAACUUGAGCUCAGUUUUAGUCUUAAAACCCAUAGGUCGAACUCGAGUUGGCAAGCUCGACUCAGCUUGAUUAAGUUUGAGCUGAGAUGAGGGAACUCGAAUUCCAUAGCCUUGAACCAGGCAAAAGGAAGCCUAUUGGAGUAACUUUUUUUUGUUUUUUUGUGAUAGUAAGGGAAACAAAUUUUUGUAUAUUUCUCUACUAUGCAUUUUAUCAAACUUCUCCAACUCGACUCGUUCAUUCAUUAACUUGAAUUCGUCUAGUUUCAUAGACUCUCUCUUGAGUUGAGUUUAAGCAUACAAAUUUGAGUUUGAAUCCGAGUUAACUCGACUUGUUGAACAACCUACAUGAUCUGAGGUCCGGUGAAAGGAGUCAGACCUCACAUUAUCGGCGGUGAUUCUUUUUGGUGAUGUCGCAAAUCUCCUCAAUCUCACAUGCAAGGAGCACAAACGCCCCCAGUUACUUGCUUGGCACUUGCAACCAGAAAGCUUACGGGCCAGCGAUCCCGUGGCCGAUUAAAGCGUUCCGAUCAAAUUAAUUCACCCGCCCCCGCGCCCGGACGGAAGAGAGAAAGAGAGAGAGAGAGAGAGAGAGAGUGUUGAACGACCCUAGGAGAUCAAGAAAAGCCAACCCAGCACUCCCCAUCUGGAGGAGAAGGAGCGAAUCCACGUAGUUCAUCGGUGGGGGGUCGUUGCGUCGACGCCAUCGACCCGUUUCCGCUUCCGACGCAACGACUCAGGCUGCAGAUGAGGGAAGACGGGCCUCUCAUGCGAUGAGCAGAGCACCGCAAAGACGACGACAACGCGCAGCUCAAUAUCAUUGGUGAGAACAUGUGGAGGAGAGCAACCAUCUCCUCUCUCCUCCUUUUGCCUUCUCGUGCCAUCGCCUCUUCACCCAAGGAUCCAACUGCGUGGAAUUUUGUGGAGGUCUGCAGAACGAAAGCUUCUUUACUGGAUAAAGAUGCUGUUUCUGAGAAAGAACUACAUAUUGCUUUUGUUUUAGGGGGUCCUGGCAGUGGAAAGGGCACACAGUGUGCAAAAAUUGUGGAAGCUUUUGGUUUUACACAUCUAAGUGCAGGAGAACUACUGAGGAGAAAUAUUUAUUCUAAUUCCAAAAAAGGGGAAAUGAUACGUGAUACGAUUAAGGAGGGAAAGAUUGUUCCAUCAGACAUUACUGUGUCCUUGAUAAAAAAAGGAAUUAAAGCAAGUGAGAAUGAUAAAUUUCUUAUUGAUGGUUUUCCUCGAAGUGAGGACAAUCGUGUUGCAUUUGAACAUAUCAUUGGUGCAGAACCAGAACUUGUUCUUUUCCUGGAGUGCCCUGAAGAAGAGAUGAUAAGACGGGUGCUUAACCGUAAUCAGGGACGUAUAGAUGACAACAUAGAGACCAUAGAGAAACGCCUCAAGGUCUUCAACAAGUUGAACUUUCCCGUCAUCAACUACUAUGAUGCAAAAGGGAAACUUCGAAAGCUCCAUAUAUUCUCUUCAGAGCGCAGGAUAAGCUCCAUCAUCGACCAGGAGAUGGAUGUACAAGGUGCCCUGCAGGCAAUAUAGCUUCUCUUCAGAGCGCAGGAUAAGCUGAGCUGCAUCAUGGACCAGAGGAUGGAUGUACAGGGUGCCCUGCAGGUGUCCUUUCACAGAAGGGUUGACAGGCACGAGGUUGGAGAGCAAACUGAGACAUUCGAGAGGACGGACUGCAGAUUGCAAAUGCAACAUGACUUGGGUAGGCUGAACUUCAAUAUGGUGCAGACAAUGCACGAAAGACAGCUCAGGGAGGUCUCUGGGUACGCUUUCAUCUUACUUCUCACUUGUUUUUAUGUUAGUUUAUUUAGAUGUAUUCCACUACCAUUUCUAUGUCCCUCUUUUGUGUGUCCGUUUCUGAUGGCAUCGGAACUCUCCAGGGCCACUGGCAUUCAAUGCUCCUUUCUUUAAAUUAAGUUAAAACUUGAUCGAGUCCGGACCAUGUUGUAAUACAUCAGAGCUUUCCCUCUAUUGAGAAAAAUACGACCCACUGGUCCACAAAAUACAAAAUUCUUUCAAUAUGUGAUGCAAAUUAUAGCAGGUGGUGGAGGGACUUGCGCUUGGGUGAGCACAUUUCCAUGAACUUGACUCUGAACAUUGCGAGGAUCUUGCAAUGCAUUUGGCGAUGGUGCAUUGGAGACGGUGACCGCGGCCAGUGAAGUUGAACCAAGAACGUUAUGCCACUUCAACCCAUCCAAUAGGUUUAAAUAAGGGUUGUUUUUUCAAUUUAUUUAAAAGUGAUGCAAGUCUACGUGCUGCUUAGUUUUGUGUAUCAACAUUAAGUCUAUGAUGCAAGUCUACGUUAUGCAAGUCUAAAAUAAUUUGGAGCCUAAUUGCUUCAGGAUGAAUGCAUGCUCUUGAGAAGCUUCUUAC